CACACCCCCUGCCGCACGUUCAACACACCGUACGCCACCUCUCACUACUCAGUAUUGACUUAACUUAUUCGAACAGCAAGUUGACACACUUUGGCCAUGUUUGACCUAAAGAAGAGGAAUAGUUUGACGCUGAACAGCAGCAGCCGCGACGUGGAGGAGUUCAGGCGCGUGGCCGUCCGACGGAGGGCGAAAGACGCGGCACCGGGUUGUCACACAGUGGUGAGCAGUGGCGCGUGCGGCUCGUACAGUUGUGGAGGUUCUUGCGACAAGACCUGCGGAUCAGCUCCAAACUCUAAACCCAAUGAAGACCGAACCAGUCCAUCCGAGAGAACCCCCUCUAAGCCACAAGUGCCUCCAAAGCCUGCCCACCUCCAGACGCCGAUGAGGACCGAGCCACCGUCUUCAUCUCGGCUCCCCCCGCGGUAUUUGAAUGUUGACAAGAGUCCAAUCCAAGCGACCUGCUGCCACACGUCCCCGAGUCCGAACAAAGCGGGACCGGGUUUUCUCAAUGAGGUACACGUAAGCCCCACCAGGCUGUCCCCUUCUCAGAAAAUCCCCAAGCUCAUGAGCAGUCCGACAUUGGGGUCUCCGAGUCCGGGCAAGAGAGGCAUCCGCAGCGGUAGCCCCUCGAGGGUGGGAGGCCACAGCCCGGCCAAGUUGUCCCCACUCUCGAGACUACUUAAGACCCCCAGCCCCGUUCAGGGGAAGAUGGGCAGCUACACCCCAGCGAGGAACUCUAAAUCCUGGCUAGGAUUACACAAGAUCCCAAGCGGGAAGAUGGAGGGACAAGAAAAGCAUGCGGGGAAGUCGCUGAGUGUGCCCGACCUCAUUGUCUAUUUGGACGAAAGAACUCCAUCGAAUAAAGCGGAUGCUUCUUCCCGAAGCACAAGACCCAUUAUCACCGUCAAACCACCAGCAGACCUCAGGGUCAACCGCACCGCAGAGGAAGUCACUUCACGAGGCGAGGAGCGCCGCCUCGGACAAACCGAACCCAUCCGUGCUGAAAAAGGCUCCAAGAUCCGCGUGGGAUCCAGGUUCUCUUGCAAAUGGACCGAGGCCGCUCGUGAGGGCCAACAGUGCGAGGAGAGUGUUGAGAAGACGAAUGAGACGCUAAAGGAGGAGAACACGGAGCAGAAGCUGUUCAAGAUAGUCAGCGAACUACUGCACACGGAGAGGGCCUACGUGGCCCGCCUCCACCUCUUGGACCAGGUGUUCUGCCAGCGUUUGACAGAAGAGGCCGGACGUGGCUCCUUUCCAGCCGAGGUGGUGCGCAACAUCUUCUCCAACAUCUCUUCUAUCUACUCCUUCCACAGCCAGUUUCUGCUGCCUGACCUGGAGGACUGCAUCGGACACUGGCAUAAGUGUCCAGGUUUGGGCAAUGUCCUCCUGCAGCACGCCCCCUUCCUGAGGAUGUACGCCGACUACGUCAGCAACUUCGACCAGGCCACGGAGCUGGUGAGAAUAUGGACAGAGCGCUCGUCCGCUUUCCGCAAUAUCAUCGAGGACAUCCAGAGUCAGGAAGUGUGUGCCAGCCUAACUCUGCAGCAUCACAUGUUGGAACCGGUCCAGAGAAUUCCUCGCUAUGAGAUGCUACUCAGGGAUUACGUCAAGAAAGUACCCCCCAAUAACCCAGACUAUGAGUUUGCUCAUCAAUCCCUGCAGACAAUUUCCAUGGCUGCCAACCACUCAAACAGUGCCAUCCACAAAGCUGAGCGCAUCAAGAGGUUGCUGGAGAUCUACGAGAUGGUCGGAGAGGAAGAAGUGGUGAACCCCACUAAUGAGUUCCUCAAGGAGGGUCGUUUGCUGAAGCUCGCAGCGAGGAACACGUCCGCCAUGGAGCGCCACCUCUUUCUGUUCAACAACUUCCUGCUGUGCUGCACGCCAAAAUUCAGCCUGGUGGGCCAGCGCUUUACGGUGCGCAGCAGAAUAGGAGUGGACGGCAUGCAGGUGCAGGAGACCGCCAAUGAGGACCAUCCGUACACCUUCCAGGUGUCGGGCAAGGAGAAAACCUUGGAGCUGCAGGCCAGCUCUGAACAAGACCGAGAUGAGUGGAUCAAGGUGACCCAGGAUGCCAUUGACGUGUUCCAGAAGAAAAAUGAGACGUUCAAGUUUGCUUCGAAGGAGCUGAAUGCAGAGGAACCAGCGGAAGAGCUGGGGCGACGCGCCCCUCGCUGGAUCCGUGACAACGAGGUGACCGUGUGCAUGAAGUGCCAGGAGCCCUUCAACGCUCUGACCAGACGCCGACAUCACUGCCGGGCUUGCGGCUGUGUCGUGUGCUGGAAGUGCUCCGACAACAAGGUGGCGCUGGCGUACGACGGCAACAAGCUGAACAAGGUGUGCAAAUCCUGCUACUCCAUCCUGACGGGACAGAGAGGAGGGAGGGGUGACAGCACCAAGAGGCCAAAAUCAGCGUUGGAGUCUUUUCCAGCUUCCUGCAUGAUAAGCAGCUUCCUGCAAUAUGGCGACAAUCCCAAAACAUGGCAGCGGGUGUGGGCUGUCGUCACCAAAACAGAACCUCUGGUCCUCUCUUUGUAUGCUGCUCGACAGGAUGUGAAGCCCCUCUCCUGUAUACCUCUGCUGGGCUGCACAGUGGAAGAUCCCUCUCAGAAACUCCAAGGACAAUACUGCUUCAAUUUAAGACAAUCCAAAAGCAGGCACGUGUUCACCUGCGACCACGCGGACGUCAAACAGGCCUGGUUGGCCGCUCUCAAAGCAGCCGCGACGAGCUCCGACGAUUGUGCUAGCGAAUCCAGCGGGGAAGAACUCAUUAGCAUUUAGAAGUAGGCAACAUUCAAAAGGAGAACUGUGUUUUCCUCACAAGCGGUGUCGCUCUUUAUUUCUGAAAUGGUUUACAGUAAAAUAAAUAAAUAGUUUUAACAUGAGUGAGAUUGUCCCAACUACUUCUACUACUCAGAGGUUUGCUCAAACCCUGUACAGUUGAGUGAACAAUGAGGCUUUACAGGAUGGGAAUCACCUUUAGAAAACACAUUCAUUUGAUCGCGUGUUAUCACAAAGUUACAGCCAGUAAACAUAUCCUCACUUAAAAUAAAUUCACAGGGAAAACACAGUGGUACCUUGACGUAAGAGUUCCGACUUUUGCUUUGUCUUGUGAGCGAGCAAACAACAAAAGGUAAAGGUCUUCACAGUUGAAGUUAACUGUAAAAACAUGUAUAGUUAACCAAAGGACAUAACUUGGCCUCAUGAAAUUCCAUUAGUUUCAUGUACAAUCAAAACACAUAAUGGGAAAACGCCAUAGACAGGCUAAUGAAAAUAGAAUCAAUAUCCCGGUAGCAAUAAACCUUUCAAUGACUUGUUAGUUUCAUAACAUAAUUGCCAAAGUCUAUUGUAACUUACGGUCACAGUAUCGAUUAAAAAAAACAACGUGCUUGCUAAAAAAUAGUUUGUUUUUUUUCUUUACGUGUAGCUUCUCAGUCAUCUAGGUCAUGGUAAUCCACAAAAGUUGAAUCAGGGCAACUGGACGGUUCUUGUUUGUUAAAUAUUU